AUGCGCCUAAAACCAAAGGUGAAGAAGGCGAUUUCGACCCCUGCCAAGCGUCAAAGCAAAUCGAGAGAGCUGGCAGAUCGGCUUGCUCAAUGCAAAGACGAAGAGCUUGUAGACCAACUCAAAAGCUUCACCCAGUGGACUUUUGGCGAGGGCGACAUUCACAAUUGGGUGGACGUCCUCAACCGAUUCGAUGAAUUCCUGUCCAAACUGGCUGAUCACUAUGAGCCUCAGACAACCCUUGACUUGCCCAUCUUGAAGAGCUCUUUCCCUAGAGAAACGGUUCUUCAUGUAUUGCGCGUCACGUCUCUUAUCUUGGAGAAUAGCUUCAACCGCUAUCUCUACGGCUCGGCCGAACAUCUGGGCGAUCUGCUACGCAUAGACGACCCGGAGAUCGUUCUGGCAACCCUCACGCUGCUGUCCAUACUUGUAAAGAAAACGCGAUCGAGGGUCACCACGCGCAUUCACGGCGAUCCUAUCCUCAACGCGCAGCUGUUCUACCUCACCAAGGGCUGGGGCGGCAAGCAAGAUGGACUCGGCCUUCUGUACUGCGUCCAGGAUAGGGACAUAACGUCCAAGCUGUCGGUUGGCACGACGCUGCAGUUCGAGUUCUUCGUCGACCCUAACGAAUCGAAGAAGCCCCUGCCCGCUGGAGGAGCGUCAGACUCGAAGAAAGAGGAUGCGAUGGAAGUCGAGUCUGUGGUGACGAAGACCGAGGAUGGUAGCGCACAGGAAGCUGCCGUCAGCAAGGAGGGCGAGGAGGCGUCGGCCGGAGAGAAAGCCACGCAAGCCGGGCAUCGCAGCAUCCAGUUUCCGUGCUUCCACCUCUUCACCGAGAGCAACAUCGACAUCCUCACGCAGCUGGUGGACAAAUACUCGAUCCCGCGCAAGUACCACUUCCCGCUGCUCAUGCGCAUCCGUCUGGCGCGUGCGUUUCCCGACGUGCAAGCGCGAAGGGAUCUGGUGCGCACCAAUCUGCUGGCGUUCACCGUGCUCGCGCAAGCGCACAUGGACCUCGGCACUCUGUCUUCCUUCUUCCUCUACGAGCCCGAGUUCAUCGCGGAGCUGAUGGAGCUGGUCAAGUCCGAUCGACACACGCCGCAGGAUUUCCGCAUCCUCGCGCUCGACGCCCUGAGCGCCCUCACCACCGACCGGUCGAGGCUUCCCAAAGUCAUCUCGGCCACCGGAUCCUCGCAGCACCACGGAGAACUUCCCUCCAUGGUGCGCAAGUCUGUAGCGACUCUCACGGGCUCGGUGGAGCACCCGAUCUACACUCUGCCCUUCAUCGACUCCCUCUUCUCCUUCCUCGCGGCCCUCAUGGCUACACCCGACGGCAUCGCUGCGCUCAACACCGCCGGCAUAAUCUCCACCCUGCUUCCUCUUCUGCGACACCAGAACCUCGAGCAUGCCGGCAUCCUCAUGCAGUGCCUGAGUAUUCUCGAGUACUAUGUCGCUGGCAGCAACAGCGCUGCAGCCGUAUCUCUCUUUCGCGACCUGGGCGGGCUGGACCUCCUCAUCGAGCGCUUCAACACGGAGAUCGCGAACGUCCAGAAGGCCAAGGAGCAGGAGGGCACCAAUAUGAGCGUCGAGGGCGUGAGCGAAGCCAUCGAUGCCAAGGACAAGGGCAAGGAGCGCGUCGACACCGAGCCGCCAGCCGCUGACGAGCUCCAGCCCACGCAAGACGAAGAGGAGGAGGAAGAAAGCCACCUUUCCCACCACCAGCGUACGCUGGUGAAGACGAUCCUCCGGAUCCUGCUGCCCUUCAUCCAGGGCGGUGGCCGCAGGAACAUCGGCCGCCUGACUGGAGUAAUCGAAGGCCCCUUCCCUCGCGCUCUCUGCUACGUUCUUGAGCACUAUCACUACUUUGGCGAGCGGGUCUUCUCGCUAGCCGUCUCGAUCAUGUCUGGGCUGAUCAACAACGACCCCACACGCUUCAACGCGCUGGCCGAAGCGGGCCUGCCCAGGGCCUUCCUCACGUUUGUGACGCAAGGAGUUGAACCCUCGUCCUCGGUCAUUUGUGCGCUCCCUUCGGCGAUCAGCUCGCUCUGCCUGAAUCCCGCAGGCAUGACCUCUGUCGUGGAUGCCAACGUCAUCGGAGCGCUUUUGUCGCUCUUCACCACGCCGAAGUACCGAAAGGUGAUCAAGAGCGGCGACACGGCCUCGCGGUUGGGCGCUGGCGUCGACGAGCUAUUGCGCCACCACCCGUCCCUAAGACCGCUCGGCAUCAAGGCCAUGAUCAACGCACUCAAGCGCGUGUGCAAGAUGGGCGGGCUCACUCUCCCCGAGGAGGCCGAGGAGGUCCGCGAAGACGAUGAGGACAAGGACGACGAGGCCAAGGCCGAGCCCACCGGUGCGGACGUCCCAGCCGAGAACGCCUCAACGCCAAUGGCCGUUGAAGAAUCCGGCGAUCGUACUGCCGAAUCCGCCGCGGGCGAGGUCACGCAGUCGGUUGUGGCCGCCGAAACGCCGCAGGAGGUGGUCGCUACAUCUGCCAGCUCCUCGCAGUCAACAGAAAGCAUGGAGCUCUCCUCGGAGAAUGUCGCGAGCGUCAAGGAGGAGCCUGUGGAAGAGGAGCCGGAGCAGAAGGUGCCGCCAUUCGUGGAGCCCGAAGUCGAGCUCGAGCUCGAUUCCAGCCUGCUGAGCGACUACAUCGGCAACCUGGGCCGAUUCCUGGAGACGAUCUUCACGAACAGCGAGCACGGUCGUAACUUCAUCGACGCGCACGGCAUGGAGCUAAUGCUCAAGCUGCAGAGCCUGCCCGAGCUGCCGCCCACGUUCCCGGGCUCUAACGCUGCUCAUUCCCUCACGCUCGCUUUCCGGUCGCUGGCCGCCCAUCACACCCCUACGCUCUUCCGUGGCGUGCUGGAGAACAUGGCCGCCAAGUUCGACAGCCUCGACAGCCUCCAGCCCUCGUGGCGUGAUGGCUCCUCGUUCCUCGAAGCUGAGGAUAAUGCUAAGCUGGUCGGGGUGUUGGCAAGCAUCGAUUGCUUCGCCGGCCUGUUGGCGGGACUCGUGCGCGAUCCGAGCGGUCUUUCGCGCCCGGGCACUACUAGCCUCGGCGAAUGGAUCACCGAUGCCGGUGCCAGGGUCAGCUCCUCGUUGGGACAUCUCCAGCGCUGCAUUCUCUGGGAGAUCGCUCGUGAAGCCCAGGUCGAACGUAAGAAGGCCGGCGACCAGGCGGCGGAGGCCUCCCCCGAGGAAACGCCCAUGGCCGAGGCUCAGCCCCUAUCUGGCGACUCGAGCGGCAACAGUGAGAGCUCAUCCAGCUCCACUGGUGCGCCACCCCAGCAGCAACCCGCGGAGUCCCCUGCCGGUGAGGUGGAGACCACCACCGUUGCCACGACUGCCAGCGGCGACGAGAAGAAGCCGGACAAGAAGGAAACCAAGCAGCUGCUGAUCCACCUCGUUUCAAGCAUCCACUCCGUGUCGCAGGGUCUGGCGAAGGCGCUCGGCGCACGCCACCGUAACCGAGACGAGAAGGUGGUGCACACCCUCGCGCAGACCCUCGUCCGCACGCUGCAGGAGCACCUCACGUGGACGCCCAAGGCCUACACGGACGACGAGGGCGAGGCACCCAUCAAGUGCGCCUACCUGACAAGCGUCGUGGGCGAGCUCCGUUCCUUCUUCUUCAACGAGAGGCACAACAACACGCACACGCUACUCCUCCACCAGUUCAACUACGUCGACGGCGUGGCGACCUUCCUCAAGACUCUCAACUGGGUGGUCGACAUCUACGUGCACCUGCGCGAGAAGGAGCUCGAGCAGCAACGGAGCGCCAAGGAAGGCGAAACCACCGAGAAGGACAAGGGGAAGGAGAAGUUGGGCGAAACUGCGAAGAAGAGCACCGCAGAGGAAGCGCCGGCCCCUGGCGAUAUCACCCUCGGCUCGAUCGUCAACGAGCAGCCUAGCGCGCCGGAAGCGGAGAAGACCAACCGGGAUCCUGACAUGGAAAUGGCCGAAAGCGCUCUCCUCACCUUCGGCACUGUACUCAAGUACCUCGUGUGCGGCCCCAUGGUAGCCACGUCGCCCAUCACGGCGAACAUGAUGACGCAGACGCUGCCGGGCCAGCAGGGUUCGUUCGACCCGCACAUCUUCCUCGGCGCCAUCCAGUCGCGCGUGCUGCUCUCCGUGAUGCCCAUCUGGAAUCAUCCGCUGUUCGCCCACUUCCCCCAGCGCUUCAUCACGUCGCUCAUCCACGCCAACCGCUAUAUCAUGGAGGGCGAGGCCGCCGCAGCGGCCGCCUCAGCGGCUAGCGCCAAGCCGCGCGCGCCGCCCAAGGCCAAGAAGCAGUUCGAGCCUGAUCCCGGCGUGGUCACCCAGCUCAUGGAGAUGGGUUUCUCGCAGCGACGUGCCGAGGACGCCCUGCGCCACAUCGGUGCCAACAACGUCGAGCUGGCCAUGGACUGGAUCUUCACCAACCCCGAACCGGAGCCCGAGCCGGCGCCGGCCGUCAUGCCGCCGGCCGCCCCCGCACCCGGCGAGGCUUCCGCCACGGCACACGUUCCGACUAAUGACAUGGCCGAGGCGAUGUCGGAGGACGAGGAAUUGGCCGCGGCCCUGGCCAUGUCCCUAGGUCAAUCUAUCGAGAUGCCCUCCUCUCCCGCCGCUGCCUCUUCGUCGAGCGCGCCUCCGCUGGCACCGGCGAAGGAAGAGCCUGCGGCUGCUGUGGUGCCGGAACCGAAGCCAGCUGAGGAGGCGCCGAAGAAGGACGAGCCCGUGGACUACUCGAAGCAAUAUGACAUCCUGCGCAGGGGCAUGCUCGAGCGCUGCGUCCGCCUGCUGACCGAGGUCGAUAACCUGACCUUCACGGUGGUCGACGUGCUCUCGUCCAUUUGCAAGAAGCCCGACGAGAAGACUGCCGCACUCACGGGCGCUGCGACCAAGGUCGACGAGCGCGUCCAUGUUGUGGAGGCGCUGGCCGACCAGAUCAAGCUCGCCGCCGCCGAGCGUCCGCCCUCGAAAGCGCUCUACCGCCUCACGCACGCGCUCACGCUCCUCAUGAUCGAGAACACGUCCAUACGCGAGCUGGUGGCCACCAGCGACCUCGUGGUUGUCUUCCUCGACCUCCUGGAGCUCAUGUUCGCCGACGCCGAGAUCAGCAAGCUGACCUCGACCGAGAGGGACCUUGGCCCGGACUGGCUCACCACCGUCCUGCUCGCCCUCGACACCCUCUGCCAGCUGCCCAGCCAGCUGCCCGCCUCCCUAGCAACCGCUGAUUCCUCCGCGUCGAAGCCAUCCGUGGGCGGCGAGCCCAUGGCUGCGGAGUCCGCCGGCGCGGAUGUGGGUGCCAAGGACGAACCCUCUGCCGUCGCCACCAAGGAAGACGACACCAUCCUGCCACCGAUGGAGGUGCCCUACCUGCUGUCCCUGCCCGACCGCAAGCGUGCGAUGGAGGCGUGCGUGGGUCUCCUACAGCGCCCGCUUCAUCCCGAUCCGUUGCAGGCCUUGCUUCAGCUCUCGUCGCACCUCACCCGGGACUUCGAGCUGGCGCAGCAGUUCAUCCACCAGGGCGGGCUGACCGCGCUCCUCACCCUGGCACCCACGAGCUCGUUCAGUGGGCAGGUGAGUCUCAUCACCACGAUCUUGCGACACCUGAUCGAGGAGCCCAGCCUGCUGCAGCAUGCCAUGGAGUCGGAGAUCAAGUCCACCAUCACCAAGCUCAUGGGACGCAGCGGUGCGCUCGUGAAGCCCAAGAACUUCCUCUCCACCGUGGCUCCGCUCGUCUGCCGCGAUCCCGUCACCUUCCUGCGCGCUUCGGCGAACGUGUGUCGCCUGCGGGACCCCAAGCCCUCGGUCUCACCCGCACGAGUGGUACUGUGCCUGGCCAACCCUGCGCCGGCCAAGGUCAAGGGACCUCUGCAGGCUAGCAGCGGCACCGGGGCCAAGAAGCCGGACCUCCUCGCCAGCUCUGGCAAGGCCAAGGCCAAGCGCACGACGCCAUCGACCUCGGUCCAGGUCAUCACCGAGCUCACCAACGCGCUGCUCACGCUUUCGAGGAUCAAGAAGGCCGUCGACCUCAAACCGACGCCUAAACUUGAGGAGAGCGAGAAGGGCAAAGAGAAGAGCGACGCCAACCUCGGACACGAGUCGAUCAACGCCAUGGACGCCACGCCCACCACCGAGGCCGAAUCGAGCCUGAUGGACGUGCCCAAGAGGCCCACGCUCAGCUCGGGCGAGAUCCUGCAAAUCCUCACGGACUUUAUCACCACGUACCCGCCGUGCGGCUCCGUGCUGCUGCGUCAGCAGCUGAAGAAGACCGGGACCAAGGGCAAGGGCAAGGAGAAGAAGGACAAGGAGGCCCUGUCGACGAGCAAGCGACAGAUGCCGGAGACCAACAGCAUCGUCACCUACGUCCUGAGCGAGCUGCUGCCCCACUCUCCCGACGCCAACGCGAGGACCCCGGUGUCUUCCGACAGGCAGAAGGCGAACGCGGCGGCCGCCAACAUGCUCGCCGCCCUCGCACAGAAGCCCGAGGGCCGCCGGCGCGUCAUCGACGAGAUCACGCAGGCGAUGCGGAAGGUGAUCGCUGAUCGCGACCAGUACACCAACUAUCCCGAGGUCAUCCAGGCCCUGGUGGACUUCCUCUACCUGCUCCUCACGUCGAGCGCCUCCCGAACCCACGCGAGCGGAUUCCUGGGCGAGGUGGCGCGUCUCAUGCUCGACGUAGACACCAUCAAGACCCUUUCCGCGGCGCUCAACAGCGCCGAUCUCAACCAUCCCGACGCACCUCAGCUCGUGAACUCGAUUCUGAAGCCCCUUGAGAUCCUCACGCGCCUCACCGCCGUCAUGUCGGCCAAAUCAUCGGCUGCCGAGAAGAAGUCCGCGGAGGGGGAGGCAUCGGCUGAUGCUGCUCAAGCCUCGGCAAGCUCGUCGUCGUCAUCAUCUUCGUCGGCCCCUGAGCCAACCCCGGCGGAGGACGCGGCCGGGACUGCAGGCGAGCCACAGCAGGCGAGCGAGGAGGGCGACCAGCCGCAGCUGGACACCAGCACGGAGCAGCAGGAGCAGAACGAUGCGGCGCGAGCUGGUGACAUGGAGGAGGAAGAGGAAACGCGCUCGGGCGAAAACUUCCUCCAGAGCCACGCGACGAACUUGAGCGAGGCCAUCCAGGCGCUGUCGGGUCAGGGCCAGCAGCUGUCGAACGUGGUCAACAUGACGCUCAACUUCAUCGAGGCCGCCAACGAGGCCAUGCAAGCCCGAGCCCACAGCGCGUCGGACAUGGACGAGGACCUGAGUGACUCCAGCAGCGACAGCGACAGCGAAAGCGACCUGAGCGACGAAGAGCGCGAGGAGGGAGGCGCUGCGUUGCACCACCACCCCGAGGAGGAGGACGAAGAGGAGGAGGGCGAGGAAGGCGUCGAAGAGGAAGACGAGGACAGCAGCUCCGCGGAGGAAGACGAGGAGGAGGGAGGAGAAGACGCCUACUCCUACGAGGAGCCUGAGGACCAGCAAGACUGGGGCGGGCAGGGCGAUUUCGACUUCUCGAUCCAGAUCGGCAACCAGGCUACCACCACCGGUCGGCAGUGGGCGCUCAACGUGGAGGACCUCCUCCUCACUGGGGCUCCGCUUCGGGACGUCAGCUUGCCGCGUGCGGUGCCGCCACCGAAUCCGUUCCUUGCUGAGUCGGUAGAAUCGGCGCACCCGCUCCUUGGCGCGCGAGCGGGCGCCCCCGGCGGUGGCCUCUCGGGAGGGGACCUGGACGGCGACGCGUCCUUCUAUCCGCUGCCGCCCUCCCUGCGCGGCAACCCUGUGGUGGAGGACGAGGUGCGCCGCCUGUUUGGCCGCGUGAGAGCCCAGCGCGGUGGUCGGCCCGGCCAGUUCGGCGAGGAGGGACACCGCACCACUCCAGGCAUGGCCGAGUACGCCGCCUCCAUCGAGCCGCUGUUCGUGGAGACCAUUCGCCGGGUCACCCUCCAGGAGCUCAAGGAGAAGGAGGACGCCGAGCGUGCUGAGCAGGAGAAGGCCGAGAGGGAGCGCGCUGAGAAGGACGAAGGCGCUUCCAAGGGUGCGGAGGAGAAGGCCGACGAGGAACUCGCUGUCGCUCCGCCUACAGAAGUGCCUGCACCGGCGGCCACUGAGCCCACGGAGCCAACCGCAACCGUGCCGCCCACCACCGAAGACAUCGCUCAGACUGCGCCCGCCCCUGUGGAGGCCGUGCCCGCUGACGCUGCCGAGCCCAUGCAAACGUCGGAAACCACAACGGCGCCUGCUGAGGGUGAAGCCCAGCCCGCCGGCGUUCAGCCAACGACCGAGCCGACCGCGCCGGCCUCGGCGGCUGCCGCUGCUCCUGCUGUGAGCUCCACCGAGCCAGUGCAGCAGCCCACCGAGCCAUCUGAGACUGCGCCGGUUGCUGCUGAAGGCGCGCCUACGCCACAGGCAGAACAGACGACCACGCCGCCCGCAGAGGUCGGUGACGAGCUGGGCAUCGACCCCGCAUUCCUGGCUGCUCUGCCGGAGGACCUGCGCGCCGAGAUCCUCGCCGAGCAGCUGCAUGCCCGCUCCGUCGCUGCUGCUUCACGCCCGCCGCAACCGGCGGCGCCGGCAGCGCCUGCGGCCAUCGCGACGCCGAGCGCACCAGCAACUCCUGCGCCUGCAUCGGCGUCGUCUUCAUCAUCCUCGUCAUCGUCGUCGUCAUCAUCGGCGCCGGCGCCGACGAUAGAGCCAUCGGUCCCGGCGGUGUCGACAACUUCGAUCAGCCCCGAUUUCAUCGCCGCCCUGCCACCGGAGAUCCAAGCCGAGGUACUGCAGCAGGAGCAGCAGUCACAGGCCGCCGCCGCUGCAGCCGCCGCGGACCUUAACCGGGCGCAGGCCAUGACGACAGCCGACUUCUUUGCAACGCUCAGUCCCGACCUGCGCGAGGAGAUCCUGCUCACGCAGGACGAGGCCAGUCUCCCACCCGAGCUGGCGGCCGAAGCUAGCGCCCUGCGUGAGCGUGCCCUCCGCCAGUACCAGCAGUACAGCAACCGGCGACGCGACGACGGCGGUUGGGGCGGACCCGGCUUUGGCGGGCCGCGCCGCGUACCGGUCGCCCCUGCUGAGCCCGCCGUGGCUCUUGGCCUCGCCUCACGCGUCAAGGCCAUCAAGGGCGGCGACAUCCAGCCGCUCGAGCUCGAGGGCCGGCCCAUCAUUGAGCCCUCCGAGCUCGUGCACCUCGUGCGCCUGCUCUACCUGGCCAAGCCCCUGGCCAAGGGUCUUCUCCACCGUCUCUUCCUCAAUCUCUCCACGCACAAGGAAUCGCGGAUGCAGCUACUCAACAUCAUGAUGACGAUCCUCGACGCUUUCGCUACGUCGACGCAUUUGUCGUCAGUCGCAUCGGCGUGCCUAACGCGCCGCUUCGCUUCGUUCGCGGAGGCGCUCGAGGCGCUGCCGGCUGUGACGCCCUCGUCCAGCUUCUCGCCGCUCGAGGAACCGUGCCACCCGCUCCUGUCCGCCGGCACAAUGAACACCUACGCGCACUCGGGUCAGCACCCGCCCUCGCUGGUGGCGCGCCGCGUGUUGGAGAUCUUAUGUCACCUGCUCAAGCACAACCCGCGCAUCGCCAGCUUCGUCCUGGGCAGCAACGACGACAUCGAAGAGAGCAGUGCUGUUGUCGAGGCCAAGGGCAAGGAGAAGGAGACCGAUCUGACCACAACGACCACCUCGACUUCGUCGUCGUCGUCGACUUCGCCCACCAAGUGGUGUCCGCUCGCACGCCUGAUGGACCUGCUCGGCGUGGACCAGUUCCGGAACAGCAGCGCGCAGCUCGACCAGCUGCUGCAGCUGCUCGCCUUGUCUGUGCAGCCGCUGGCCAAGCUCAAGGCCCGCGAGGAGCGACGGAAGCGCGAGGUCGAGGAACGCGAGGCUCGCGAGCGGGCCGAACAGGAACGCCGGGAACGGGAACGUCUGCGCCUCGAGCUCGAAGCCGCCGAACAGGCCAUGACCGAGGAGGCGGCACUCGCGGCCGCCACCGCCGCAUCCACGGAGGACAUGCAGGCCGCCGCCGCCGCCUCUGCGGCUCCCGCCCGAACGGAGGAAGGACAGCAGCAGGACGUCUCCGCACCCGCCACGAUGGAAGUCGAGGCAUCGACGGCCCCCACGCCAGCUGAGGCUGCCCAGGAGACGGUCGCUCCGGCGGCUCCCGCUCAAACGGAGGAGCAGCCGGCGGCCGCCGACACGCCGGCUGAGGCCGGCAUGGAGGUCGAUACGCCCGCAACCACGGGAAGCCGCACGCCGGCAGCCGAAGAGGAGAAAAAGGAAGAGGAGAAGGAGCCCAGGGAGCGAACCGCCGAGGAGGUUUGUCCCCAAGUGCCGGUGGAGGACUUGCGCAACCUGGUGAGCAUCCUCACGUUGGAGAACUGUUCGGAGGGCACCUACAAGAACGCCACCCACGUGCUCCAGCAGCUCUCAGCCAACGCGCUCAAUCGGGAGGUGCUGUUCAAGGAGCUCAUCAGCGCGGCCGAAGGUCUGGCCGAGGUGGUGGUGAACGGCCUGGAUGGCCUGUGCGAGGAGCUGGCCAGCUCGUUCCACCCGACGCUCAUCCUCUCCAUGGCGUCGUCCAUCGCCGAGCUCAACCUGCUGCGCAUCAUCAAGACGGUGAUGGCCCUCCCGGCCACCCCCGCGCAGACCACCGACGACUUCAUCGACUCACUGCGGCUGGAGCCUCUGUGGGACGCGCUCGAGCGAUGCCUCGACAUCAUCACCGAGUCCAUGGAGAAGGACGCCGCCAUCAAGGGCAAGAGCAAGGCCGGCGAUGCCAAGGGCAAGGAGCGUGACACCACUGGCGACGCCGAGCGCGACGCCAACAAGUCGCCCGCGGCCAACCUGCUGCUGCCCAUCAUCGAGGUCUUCUUCGUCGUCAAUGCCAAGGACCCGGGCCCGCUCAAGCGCUCGGCGUCGGUCAUCGACUUUGGGGGCGCGCCCGCGGUGCCGGGCGUCCCGCGCUCGGGGUCGUCCACCUCGCUGCUGCGGGCCUCGGCCUCGCGCGAGAACCUCACGCGGUCCAUGUCCCGGUCGGGCUCGCUCUACAACCUCGCCGAGCAGCAGUCGCGCUUCGCCAUGUUCGCCGAGAAGCACCGCGGCCUGCUCAACGACCUCGUGCGCCAGAACCCGGCCCUCCUGCACGGCACCUUCAAGGUGCUGCUCAAGUACCCGCGCGUGCUCGACUUUGACAACAAGCGCGCCUGGUUCCGGCACCAGCUCCAGAAGCUCAAGGACACCCGCGGCUACUACGGCGGCGUGCGCCUGCGCAUCAACCGCGCCAAGGUCUUCGAGGACUCGUACCGGAUCAUGAGCGGCCGGACGCCGGAGGAGCUGCGCGGUCGCAUGACGGUGCAGUUCCAGGGCGAGGAGGGCAUCGACGCGGGCGGCCUGACGCGCGAGUGGUACGACAUCCUGGCCAAGGAGGUGUUCAACGCCGACUACGCGCUCUUCAUCAACACGGCCCAGGACAACUCGACGUUCCAGCCCAACCGCUUCUCCUACUACAACCCCAACCACCUGGACUACUUCAAGUUCGUCGGGCGGGUCAUCGGCAAGGCCAUCCUCGACGGCUACUUCCUGCCGUGCCACUUCACGCGCUCCUUCUACAAGCACAUCCUGGGCAUCACCGUACAGCCGAGCGACAUGGAGGCGAUCGACCCCGAGUACUACAAGAACCUGCGGUGGAUCCUCGAGAACGACCCGACGCCGCUCGACCUCACGUUCAGCAGCGAGGUCGACGAGUUCGGCAAGAUGCGCGUGGUCGACCUCAAGGAGGACGGCAAGAACAUCGCCGUCACCAACGAGAACAAGCACGAGUACGUCCAGCUGGUGACCGAGAUGCGCAUGACCACCUCUAUCAAGUCCCAGAUCGACGCCUUCCUCGGCGGCUUCCACGACCUCAUUCCCCAGGACCUCAUCUCCGUCUUCAACGAGAUGGAGCUCGAGCUCCUCAUCUCCGGCCUGCCCGAGAUCGACCUCGACGACCUCCGCGCCAACACUCUCUACACCGGCUUCUCGGAGAGCAGUCCGGCGAUCCAGUGGUUCUGGAAGAUCGUGAACUCGUUCGGCCAGGAGGAGAGGGCGAAGCUGCUGCAGUUCGUGACGGGCACCUCGCGCGUGCCGCUCGACGGCUUCAAGAGCCUGCGCGGCAUCUCCGGACCUCAGAAGUUCCAAAUUCACAAGUCCUACCGCAAGGACCAGCUGCCCGCAGCUCACACCUGUUUCAACCAGCUGGAUCUGCCCGAGUACGACAACUACGAGCGAUUGCGCGAGGCUCUCAUGUACGCCAUUCGCGAGACCGAAGGAUUCGGCUUCGGCUAA